UCAGAACACUGCUGCUCUGACUGUGGGAAGAGAUUCACAUCAUCAGGCAUUAAAAUUCAUCAGAGAACACACACAGGAGAGAAAUCUUAUAGCUGUGGUCAAUGUUGGAGGAGUUUUACAACAUUAAUCUCUCUGAAAGUACACCAGAGAACACACACAAGAAAGAAACGUUAUAGCUGUGAUCAAUGUGGGAAGAGAUUUGAUACAUCUGGCAACCUGACUCAACACCAGAGAAAACACACAGGAGAGAAACCUUAUAGCUGUGAUCAAUGUGGGAGGAGAUUUGCUAUAUCUGGCAACCUGACUCGACACCAGAGAACACACACAGGAGAGAAACCUUAUAGCUGUGGUCGAUGUAGGAGGAGAUUUGCUAUAUCUGGCAACCUGACUCGACACCAGAGAACACACACAGGAGAGAAACCUUAUAGCUGUGGUCAAUGUAGGAGGAGAUUUGCUACAUCUGGCAACCUGAUUCGACACCAGAGAACACACACAGGAGAGAAACCUUAUAUCUGUGGUAAAUGUGGGAGGAGAUUUAGUCGAUCUGGAGAUCUGACAGUGCACAAGAGAACACACACAGGAGAGAAACCUUAUAGCUGUGGUCAAUGUGGGAAUAGAUUUGCUUCAUCUGGCUCUCUGACUCUACACCAGAGAACGCACACAGGAGAGAAACCUUAUAGCUGUGGUCAAUGUGGGAAGAGAUUUGCUUCAUCUGGCUCUCUGACUCUACACCAGAGAACACACACAGGAGAGAAACCUUAUAGCUGUGGUCAAUGUGGGAGGAGUUUUAGUCGAUCUGGAGAUCUGACAGUGCACAAGAGAACACACACAGGAGAGAAAUCUUAUAGCUGUGGUCAAUGUGGGAAGAGUUUUGUUCAAUCUGGCCAUCUGACUCAACACCAGAGAACACACAGGAUUGAAAUCUCAUAGCUGUGACCAGAGAUAAUCUGAUAAAUGAUCUCUGAUCAAAUAUUAGAAAAUACAUACAUGAAGUAGUUGUUUCAUGAUUUCAAUGAAUUAAUGUCACAAUGUAGAAUUUUUUAACAUUGUAGUAGGCGUAUUGUAAUGAUUUCACAAUGUAGAAGCCUAAACGUGUGCCCACUUGGAUCAAAUCAAAUUAUUUUAUGAAGCCCUUCUGAUAUCAGCUGAUAUCUCAAAGUGCUGUACAGAAACCCAGCCUAAAACCCCAAACAGCAAGCAAUGCAGGUGUAGAAGCA